AAGGACGCGCAUGCGCAGUGAUUAUUGCGUAAGUUCCGGCACGUUGGAAAACAUGGCAGAAAAAGACGACCAAAAAGCAGCGUUGCUUCCUGCUGUGUUCGACUUUAUCAGUCGGCGAUGUAAAGAAGUUCUCCCCUUUAUAUCAAAGUCGCCAUCGUUCAAGAAAGUUGCAACUGAUGGCUCUCCUAAGCUGGAGGAAGUAUUUUCUCACUGGGAAAAAACCUCGGUAAAACGGAAGGAGCCGCCAUCAGGAAGUCCAGGAAAGGAGACAAAGAGGACGAAACAGGAAUCUUCUAGUGACUCAUCUAGUUCCAGUGAAUCAGAUGAUGAACCAGUGAAAAAGCCAGUUUCUCACAAGAAAGCACCAGUGGCAACCAAAGAAGCCAUAAAGCGUAUUCAUCAGUCCAGCUCCAGUGACAGCAGCUCAGAAAGUGACUCGGCCAAACCUGCAGCCAAGAAACCUGUACCACCACCUGCUAAACAAGCUAAGAAACAAGAGGCUUCAAGUUCAAGCAGCGAGUCAUCGUCCGAGGAUGAAAAACCUGCAAAUGCCAAGCCAGUUCAACAGAAAGCGCAAGCACCAGUUCAAGCCAAAAAGGCUGAUAGCUCAAGUUCUUCAAGCGAAAGCAGUUCUGAAGAUGAGAAAACUGCAAAGAAACCAGUGACAGCUGUCACUAAGUCCACUCAGUCUCCUGCAAAAAAGCAAGUCCAAUCAGUUGUUAAAAAGGCAGACUCAAGUUCUAGUGAUAGUUCAGAUUCUUCUGAAGAUGAGAAGCCAGUAGCCACAAAAAAGCCAGUAACACCUGUAAAGGGUGUGAAACAAGUCACUAAACCAGAUAAGGCUGAUUCCUCAAGCAGUGGAACUUCUGAUUCUGAUGCAGAUUCUGAGAGCACUGAUGAUGAAGGUGCCUCUAAGAAAAACAAGAUAUUAACAAAGAAGCCGUCAAAUCCAGGUAAAGCCUACAACAAUGUUCCACCACCUCAGUCAGUAAAUACUAAACCUGCUUCAAAGAAAGCAGAACAAUCCUCUGAUUCCAGUAGUAGUAGUGAAUCCAGUGAGGAUGAAGCAGUGAAAAAGACUACAGGAAAGCCCUCAACAACAGCAGCUUUGCCAGCAAAGACAGCUACUAAACAGGCUUCGAGUAGUAGUAGUGAAGAUUCUAGUUCUAGCGAAGAUGAAAAGCCAACAGCCAAAGUAACACCUGGAAAGCCAGUGGCUUCCAAAUCUCCAGCAGCAAAUAAAUCUACACCAGCAAAGAAGGCAGAAAGCAGCAGCAGUGACUCUAGCUCCAGUGAAGAUGAAGCACCAGCUGCGAAAACUCCAGCCAAACAGGCACAGCCUGCUAAAGCUACACCAGCAAAGAAGGCUGAAAGUAGCAGCAGUGACUCUAGCUCCAGUGAAGAUGAAACACCAGCUGUGAAAACUCCAGCCAAACAAGCACAGCCUGCUAAAGCUACACCAGCAAAGAAGGCUGAAAGUAGCAGCAGUGACUCUAGCUCCAGUGAAGAUGAAGCACCAGCUGUGAAAACUCCAGCCAAACAAGCACAGCCUGCGAAAGCUACACCAGCAAAGAAGGCAGACAGUAGCAGCAGUGACUCUAGCUCCAGUGAAGAUGAAGCACCAGCUGUUAAAACUCCAGCCAAACAAGCACAGCCUGCUAAAGCUACACCAGCAAAGAAGGCUGAAAGUAGCAGCAGUGACUCCAGCUCCAGUGAAGAUGAAACACCAGCUGUGAAAACUCCAGCCAAACAAGCACAGCCUGCUAAAGCUACACCAGCAAAGAAGGCUGAAAGUAGCAGCAGUGACUCCAGCUCCAGUGAAGAUGAAACACCAGCUGUGAAAACUCCAGCCAAACAAGCACAGCCUGCUAAAGCUACACCAGCAAAGAAGGCUGAAAGUAGUAGCAGUGACUCUAGCUCCAGUGAAGAUGAAGCACCAGCUGUUAAAACUCCAGCCAAACAAGCACAGCCUGCUAAAGCUACACCAGCAAAGAAGGCUGAAAGUAGCAGCAGUGACUCUAGCUCCAGUGAAGAUGAAGCACCAGCUGUUAAAACUCCAGCCAAACAAGCACAGCCUGCUAAAGCUACACCAGCAAAGAAGGCAGAAAGCAGUAGCAGCAGUGACUCUAGCUCCAGUGAAGAUGAAACACCAGCUGUGAAAACUCCAGCCAAACAAGCACAAACUGCGAAAGCCACACCAGCAAAGAAGGCAGAAAGUAGCAGCAGUGACUCUAGCUCCAGUGAAGAUGAAGCACCAGCUGUGAAAACUCCAGCCAAACAAGCACAAACUGCGAAAGCCACACCAGCAAAGAAGGCAGAAAGCAGCAGCAGUGACUCUAGCUCCAGUGAAGAUGAAGCACCAGCUGUUAAAACUCCAGCAAAACAAGCACAGCCUGCUAAAGCUACACCAGCAAAGAAGGCAGAAAGUAGCAGCAGUGACUCUAGCUCCAGUGAAGAUGAAACACCAGCUGUGAAAACUCCAGCCAAACAAGCACAAACUGCGAAAGCCACACCAGCAAAGAAGGCAGAAAGCAGCAGCAGUGACUCUAGCUCCAGUGAAGAUGAAGCACCAGCUGUUAAAACUCCAGCAAAACAAGCACAGCCUGCUAAAGCUACACCAGCAAAGAAGGCAGAAAGUAGCAGCAGUGACUCUAGCUCCAGUGAAGAUGAAACACCAGCUGUGAAAACUCCAGCCAAACAAGCACAGCCUGCUAAAGCUACACCAGCAAAGAAGGCUGAAAGUAGCAGCAGUGACUCUAGCUCUAGUGAAGAUGAAGCACCAGCUGUGAAAACUCCAGCCAAACAAGCACAGCCUGCUAAAGCUACACCAGCGAAGAAGGCAGACAGUAGCAGCAGUGACUCUAGCUCCAGUGAAGAUGAAACUCCAGCUGUGAAAACUCCAGCCAAACAAGCACAGCCUGCUAAAGCUACACCAGCAAAGAAGGCAGAAAGUAGCAGCAGUGACUCUAGCUCCAGUGAAGAUGAAGCACCAGCCAAACAAGCACAACCUGCUAAAGCUACACCAGCAAAGCCGGUGCAAACACCUGUGUCUCAAAACAAUUCUGUAAAUAAAGCACAAUCCUCUAGUAGUGAUUCAGACAGUUCAGACUCAGAUAGUGAGCAAAAAAGCAUUUCCAAAACUCCCAAACAAACUCCUAAAACUGUGAAUAAAAGCAAGGCAAAGAAAUCAGACUCUAGUAGUUCAGAAAGUGAUUCAGAUUCUAGUAGUACUAAACAGUCAGGUCCUAAAACCCCAGGACUUACACCAGUUUCUGGGAAAAAGCAGAAGACUAAUGCAGGUAUGGUGACCUCAACACCCAAUUUAAAGGUCAACGGGCAUGUUGAGUCGGAUGAUUCCGGAGUGUCGACUGGCUCGAAGGAAAAACAACAACCAGUAUCGAACAAAAACCAGCGUAGGAAGAGUAGUCCAUUCCGGCGGGUGAAGUCCGAUGAGGUCCAGGUGGAUCCAAGGCUGCAGAACAAUUCCUUCGAUGCCAAGAUGGGUGCCAGGGGUUCAUGGGGAGAGAAGGCUAGCAGGGACUUGAUUGUGACAAAGGGGAAGUCAUUCAGGCAUGAGAAGACCAAAAAAAAGCGAGGAAGCUACAAGGGAGGGCCCAUAGAUAUGAACGGGGUUUACUCCAUCAAGUUUGAUGACUGAAGCCAGCCAGCAUGAAAAAGUUCAUGCAGUGGCAAGAGAGCAUAGACACAUGUGUGGUCCACUCCAAGUUUGGUGACUGGAAGUGCACUGUCUGUCAUUGUAUGUCAGAGGCAGUGUCACACUUAAAAUCUGAUGGAGGUGACCCUAGAAGCUGGAUUCAUAAUGUUAAAAUGACAAAAGUAUUACAAUCUCAUCCUCAAACAUUCGGAUAUGUAUAGAAAUAGUGAUUUUUUCCCUGCUGUUCAUUCCUGCAUUCAGUUAAGAUGUAAAAUUGUAUUGUUAAAGCCAAUAAAGGAUUUAUAACAAUACCAACUUUUGUUUUUGGAUGCAUUAAUUUAGAUAGUUAUAUUAAAUGGUGGCACAAUUUAUUGCUUUGAAUUCUUGAAUGCUAGUUUAUUUGAUAACUGUUGAUAUACUAGCAGUCAAAGUAAGAUUGUCUAGUUUAUAUAUUGCCUUAUGUCCUUCAAUAAAUGAUUGUUUAAUACAUACAGAUGCUUUAAGGAGGGAUGACCAUGUUACAUACAGUUUAUCAUUUAUGAUGUUAAAUUUUUAGUUAUCAAAUGAUUUCAAAUUGCAUAAUGUAAUCAUCAGACUGUAAUGGUAUUCAAUUUCAUUUACAUGCGUUCAUACGUAUCCUAUGCUUGGUUAUGUGUUCAAUAAAAAGUUGAAUGUUUUAGUAUUGCGGUUCAUUGGUCAGUGCAUGGAUAGUGAAGUCCGAAGGUUGGCUUAAUUCUCCGUGCACUGACUAAAUGUUUUUAUACACAGAUGAACAGCAUUUAAAAUCAUUCAAUGUUUAUAUUUUUAUUAUUUGCAAAAUUUCUCUGGGAUAACCCUACAAUGCUGAAAAUAAAGCCUCCAUGAUGUAGGUAUUAUAAAUAUGGCUGAACAGUGGCCACUGCGAUAAUGAUGACACUUCACUUGCAACAUCAACAUAACAUCUAUUUAAGGGUGAUCAAACAUCAUAUGACAAUUCACUAGCAUCAUUAAUUUACCUUCAAAGUAUUGCGAAGAAGUUGCAUCUUCAAAAUACGAGUGCAAUUGAAUUGAUAUGCAUAGAUCUAAGGAGUGUAAAUAUGUGUUAAAUGGUUAUUGAAUAUUUGUUAUACAUGUAUGUGUUGUGUUUUGGUAAAGUAUUUUACUGUGCCAUUAAGCUGUCUGUUAGCAGCCCAUUGUAUGAAAGUUGGAUAAUUAUGUUGUGCCCACAUCUUUUUAGGCUAGUUUACACAACAAAUAGAUUUGUUAUUAGCAAUCAAUGGAUAUAUAUUGACCAAUCAAGAAUCAUUUUGGCCAAACCAACCAUUUUUGACAUCUACACAAUUGACUGAAGUUGUUUAUCUUUAUAGUACGGGCUAUUCCAUUUAAACAUAUAAUCUCCGGGGGGAAGGCACUUUUAAAAUAUACCACCCCCCUACAGAAGCAAAUUUACCCUUUCGGGGUCCAAAUUAGUGAAAAAAGACACCCUACCAGUACCAUAUACUAUUUAAAUAAUUGCCUUCCCCCCGUGGGUUAUAUGUUUUACUGGAAUAGUCCUAAACAUAUUGAACAUUUUCUACUGGUUUGGAAUAAUAAGGUGUACAGAAAUCUAUGUUUGUGUUAAACAUUGGAUAAUCAUUAACAAACAAUUUAGGUGUCAAUGUGAAAAAUUGUUUAUGUUACUUAUCAUUUUUUUUUGGUGAGUAAUGGGUAAAUUUGACAUUUUCCUAUUUUUGUUCUUCUAUUAAUCAUGCACUCAUUAUGUUGAGCGGUCAGUGUGGCUCAUUUAUUGUUACUGAAUGCACAUACACAUUUAUUUGCCUUUUCACGAGAUUCACAAUCAUUUCUGAUAUGUAUGUUUAAAUUGCCUUCGAAAGGUUUUCCUGUUAAAUAAUGGAAACAGUUGUUAAUAUAAACAUUUAUUAUGAAAGUCUUAUGUACUAAGAAUGACAGUUAUGAAAAAAAAUAUUUAUGAAUAAAUUUUGAGAGAUA